CCAGUGGUCACGGAUAUGGCGCCACCGCUUUUAACCUUAACACUAUCACUCCCUCCAUUUCUCCGACCAACCCGAACCCCCAACCCGAUUCGGAUCCGAUCAUCCUCGUCAGCACCACCACCAAUGGACUCUCACUCUCGCCCCAAGCGCGUGGUAGUCUGCGGCGGCGGCGUAAUCGGCGUCUGCACCGCGUACUUCCUCGCCAAAAACGGCGCCGCCGUCACUCUCGUCGAGAAAUCCUCCGUCGCAUGCGCCGCCUCAGGAAAAUCCGGCGGAUUCCUCGCCCUCGACUGGUGCGACGGCGGGCCCCUCGAGUCCCUCGCACGCGCCAGCUUCAAUCUCCACCGCUCCCUCGCCUCCGAGCUCGGCGGCCCCGAAUCCUACGGCUAUCGGCCGCUCAACACUCUCAGCCUCACCGUAACUGAAUCCCAGGCCUCCGAACCGCACUCCGGCAAGUCCAAUUUGCCAGCUUGGGUCGACGGGUCGGCUCGGAGCCCCAGAACGAUCGGGACCACCGCGACCACGGCCCAGCUCCACCCGCAGCUCUUCUCCCGUACCCUAAUUUCCAAAGCCGUUGAGGAUUACGGCGUAGAAGUAGUGAUCGGAAAAGUGGCGGAGGUCAGAGUCGUGGAUGAGCGAGUUGACUCGGUCGUGUUGGAAGGAGGGCGAGUUAUAAACUCAGACGCCGUCGUUUUGGCACUUGGGCCUUGGUGUGGGAAGUUUGACAUGCUGUCGUCUUUGUUUAGAGUGUAUGGUCUGAAAGCACAUAGCAUUGUGUUGAGGCCUAAAGAACCUGAGGCUAUUACACCUCAUGCUCUGUUCUUGAGUUAUCACCCAGCUCAAGGAGGAAAGCCUUUGGACCCAGAAGUGUAUCCACGCCCCACAGGAGAGGUAUACAUAUGUGGGAUGUCAUCUACGGAAGAGAUACCGGACAAUCCAGAGGAAAUAACGGGAGAACCAGAAUCAAUAGAAGCACUGAAGAGGGUGGCAAGCAGUGUCUCAAGCCAUUUGAGGGAAGGAGAGGCAGAGGUCAAGGCAGAGCAGGCAUGCUUCCUGCCUUGUACUGAUGAUGGUGCGCCUGUGAUUGGGGAGCUUCCAGGGAUCAAAGGGUGUUAUGUGGCCACUGGGCACAAUUGUUGGGGAAUUCUCAAUGGUCCUGCCACUGGUGUUGCAAUGGCUGAGCUUGUACUUGAUGGUCAAGCUAGCAUUGUCGAUCUCAGUAGGUUUAGUCCAGCUAGGUUUGUUGGCCUAUCGAAUAAGGGCCAUUAGUCUGGGAUAUAAACACUUGGGGAAGGAUUAGUGUAAUGAAGUGAAUGGUGUAGACAAUAUCUGCAUGUAAAUAAGAAACACAGCUCCAAUUCCAACCUUAUCUGGAAAUUUUAUAGGCACGUUGCGAAUGCAGUCAGAAAUGUGGGCCAAUUCACCAUGGGCUCUGCUACCUUGUGAUCAUUUUAGGCUUCUGUCGUUGGCUGAAUUGCAGUUAU